CGCGCGACUGGUCGUUGCGGGCCGGUGACAUGCCUGUGAGCUGCGGACGCUGCGGCCCCCAGGUGUUUUAUGGAUUAAUUCUUCAUUGAUUACAUACAACAGCAAUAUAGUUAUGGCGACCUUCCAGACUUUGAGAAACAGUCACAUGAAGACUAGAGCAUCUGUCAGAAAAAGCUUCAGUGAAGAUGUGUUCCAGUCUGUCAAGUCUUUAUUACAGAGUGAGAAGGAACUAUGCAGUAUAUCAGCAGAGGAUUGUUUAAAGCAGGACGAACAUGCCAAUUUGACUGAGGUCACAUUUCUAGGUUUUAAUGAAGAAACAGAUGCUGCUCAUAUACAGGAUUUAGCGACAGUUUCUUUGGAACUUCCAGAUCUUCUGAAUUCACUGCACUUCUGCAGUCUAAAUGAAAAUGAAAUUAUUUGUAUGAAGGAUAUAAGUAAAUCAUCAGAUAUAAACAGUGGUCCUCUAAAUCAGAGUCAGCAUUCUGGAAUGCUCUGUGUCAUGAGAGUGUCACCUACAUUACCAAGACUCAGAAUUGAUUUUAUCUUUAGUCUCCUAAGUAAAUAUGCUACUGGUAUAAGAUAUACCCUGGACACAUACUUGCAUCAGAAGCGCCAACUUGAGACUGCUAAGGAAGAUGAUGAUGAUACCAACCAGUCCGUGUCUUCCAUAGAGGAUGACUUUGUCACUGCUUUUGAGCACUUAGAGGAAGAAGAGACCUCAAAGCCAUACAAUGAUGGAAUAACUAUUACUGCACUAAAGAGCCAAUGUGAUGCUGCUUCUCAGACUUCUUCUGGUCACCAUUUAGAAACCCAUGAUUUAAGGAUUCUGGUUAGCUCUGGGAGGCAGAAGUCAUUGGCUAAACCUUCAACUUCCUUAAUAAAUAUGCUGGGACAUAAAGAACUACCUUCUGUGAAAACUUCAGUCACCACAUUAAUUUCUGAGCCUUGGAUCCAAAAGAGUUUCUACAGGUCAUCUAAUGCUUCAGAUAAAGGUAGUGAUGCACAGAAAACGUUUUUUUCUUCUUCUCCUGCCUACUCCUCUGAAUCUGAAUGCUCCAGUCCAAGUCCUGUUAUUUUCUUGGAUGAAGAGGGUUAUCAGAAAAGUUUAAAAGCAAAACUUGAGUUACCUAAAAUUCCUGUGAUGAAAGAUGAUAUAGAGGAUUCAGACUCAGAAGUAAGUGAAUUUUUUGAUAGUUUUGAUCAGUUUGAUGAACUAGAGCAAACUUUAGAGACUUCUUGUCCAUUUUCAAAAGAUCCUGUCCUAGGAAAGACAUCACAAAAGAAGGGACACAAACAUGAAAAAUCUUGCUCUGUAACCACUACUAUGAAUCCUCAAAAAUUCAAGUUUGAUCGUCCAGCUCUCCCAGCUAAUGUUAGAAAGCCGACUCCUCGUAAACCAGAAUCCCCUUACAGUAACCUGUGUGAUGCUCCAGAUUCACCUCGCCCAGUGAAGGCGUCAGGGGAAGACAGCGGUUUGUUUAGCCCUAUUCGAUCCUCUGCCUUUAGUCCUCUUGGAGGCUGUGCUCCUGCUGAAUGUUUUUGCCAAACAGAUAUUGGUGGAGAUAGGAGUCAUGAAAAUCAUGAUUCUAUUUAUUACACCUUUGAGGAUUAUGCCCAUAGCAUUUCAUGUGAGGUACUGGGCUCUGUUCUUCCUGCCCAACCCACUAAUGUAACCUCAAACAUGAAUAGUAUUAAAAAGGGAGAAAAUAAAACCAUAGCUCUUAAGAGUGAAAGCCUUGAUCAAAAAAGUAAAUCUAAAAAUAAAUCCUUGAUGAUUAAAGAUAGCAUUCAGAAAUUUGCAUCAGAUCUUGUGGAAAAGAGUUUUGGCAGUGCAUUUAAAGACUUACAGAAAGGAAUGUCUUCAUGUACCAAUGCACUGUGUCACUUAGCCAUCAAAUUGACAACCUCCGUUUUUCAGAUAGCAUUUAAUGAACUGAGAAGGCAGUGUGCAUUUUCACUGAGAGAACGUGCCAUUAGCGGUCUGGCUAACUUUUUGGUGAGUGAAGCUUUAGCAAAUGCUUUACAGGAUUUACAGUAUGUAAAGAAGCAGAUAUUCACAAACACAGUUGCUAGGUUUGCUGCAGAUCUUGCUGAAGAGCUUGUUUUUGAAGGCAUCAUGGAAGUGUGUCAGUUUUCCUAUCCUCCAACACCCGCAUCUCCACAGUGUUGGUCGUCAGACUGUGAAGACAGAGUGGUAAAGUCCUAUGCAAAAGACUUAUCUGAGUCUGUAAUACAGGAAGCGUUUAUUGAGCUUUCGCAGGUCGAUGUGACCUUCACAACCAAGGCAGCAGUGAGUGUUUCUACAGAUAACAUAAAGUGUGCGAGCACAGAGAAUUUAGUGCCGUCGACACAGACCUCCAUGUCUUCUCCUGCUUUUAACAGUCAGACCGUUACGGCGACGAGACCCAUGCAGGACUAUAAAAAGGAGUACACAGUACAGCAGGCCUUGUUUUGUACUUCUGGAGUUGUUACUUCUAUACCAGUGCCCUUGGCAGGAAGUGCCCUUCUCCCAUAUCAUAUUUCAUCUAACAUACAUCCGGCAAAGUCUCAUCGGUCGUCUGAUGAUACUAAUUUGAAUGGUGAUUCUACCCAGACACGUGUUACCACAAAAAACAGAGAAGAGGAAGUGGCGUGUCUCAGAAAUAUUUGUUUACCCUCAGACCACAAUCCAGGUAACCAGAAAGAUUUUAAACCAACAAAUGAGGACAUCGAAAUGCAGAGCUCUUCAAAAUUAACAAGCGAUCCUGUGAUUAUUAGCAACUUUUCUGCAGCAAUGGUGCAUACGAUUGUAAAUGAAACGUUAGAGUCAAUGACAUCCUUCAAAGGUACAAAAACAGUUGAUGAACACGCAGAUUGGUUAACUACAACAGUAAAGGGAAAGCCCCUUCCUUUCCACUCUGAUCAAGCAACACUGCGACAGAGUGAAGCUAGCAAUAAGGACAUGUUUGCUGAUCAGUUAUCAAAAUCUAUUAUUAAACAUUCCAUAGAUAAAAGCAAAUCAACGAUCCCAAAUGUAGAUAAAAAUGCCGAACCCAAGGAAGGCUUGCCUGUUCCCAGACAAGAGUCACACUUGACCUUGGAAAAGUUCCCCAAAUUUCUUGAUGCUCAAGAUCACUUAACCCACUGUUCACUUUCAGCAGGAAAGGAUUGUGUUCCAGAAUGUAAAGGUUCAUCGGUUCACGGCUCUUCUCUAGACACACUACCACCUUGUCCGACAGCUGCAGGUCAGAAACCUGAUUUGAAGGACGUUACUAAAGACAGAUUUGUGAAAAAGCAUAAUGUGAAUAAUACAGCACUUGAGCCCUUGUCUUUCGGGCAAGAACAUCCUUUUCCUCAUUCACAUACUUACCCAUCCACAGUGCUUCCAUGUGUAGAUGGUUUGCAUGUGGAAGAUAAACAGAAACUUAGAGACGGAAAUGUAAUACCUGAUACUCCUCCCUCUACUCCUCUGGUACCGUCCCAGGCUAGCUCGGAAUGGGAUGUCAAGAAGUUAACCAAAAAACUCAAGGGGGAAUUAGCAAAAGAAUUUGCACCUGCUACACCUCCCUCCACACCCCACAACUCAUCUGUGGGUAGUUUGUCUGAAGAGGAACAAAAUACGAUAGGGAAAGAAGAGUUCAUGUUGAAACUCAUGCGCUCUCUUUCAGAAGAAGUUGAAAGUAGUGAAGACGAAGAGCAUCCGGAAGUGGAUGUGAAGCCUGAGCACUCAGGGAAGAAAGUUAAGUUUGCAGAAUCAUUAGCUACCCACAUCAUCUCUCUCGCAACAGAAAUGGCAGCUUCCCACCUAGAUAAUAAAGUCAUUCAAGAACCCAAGGCGAAAAGCCCUUGCUUAAACGCACAAAAUCAAAGAAGUGUGUCACCUACCGUUUUAAAUUGCUCAGAGGAAAAUUUACAAACAUUACGCAAUUUUGCAGGUGAUCUGGCCGCCGAAGUCCUUACGGAAGCUGAGAAAAUAGCAAAAGUGAGAAGUUGUGUGCUUUUCAGGCAAAGAAAGAACAGUUGUUACGCUGAUGGGGGCCGAGAUGAUAGAUCAGAAGAGAAGUUGGAUGGAGAGGCUGUAGCCCACUCAAGAGAACUACAGCCAUGCAUUCUUUCAUUACCACCAAGUUCUUGUAUGUCUGGUCUGACCUACAAGUAUCCCAGCUGUGAAAGCGUGACAGACGAGUACGCGGGUCACAUUAUCCAAGUGCUAAAACAGGAGGGCGGCAAUAGUGAGUUAAUAAUGGACCAGUAUGCCAACAGACUUGCUUAUCGAUCUGUUAAAUCAGGAUUACAAGAAGCCGCUAAGACCGCCAAAGUGAAGUGCAGCUCAAAAAUGUUCCCCAUGCAAAGCUCACAGGUAAAAACCAAGAAUGAACUGUUCAAGUUCUUAAACAAAGAACACCACCAAGAAGUAGAUAAAGAACGACAAAGUAAAAGAAACGGAGGUUACCUUUGUAAAAAUCAAACUUGUGAAUGGACACGGGAUACAUAUAAAAAUGAGUGCUCUGAACUGUAUAGUUUUUCAACCUCUCUUGCUCACAGCAUAACAAGAGAUGUUACAAAAGAGCUGACAGCAUCUGCAGGUGGCUUGCCAAAAUCCUUAACAGAUUCUCGCCUUUAUGAAAAGCCUGGAUGUGAUGAAGAUACCAAGUCUCACAUCGAGCCAGAAUUUCUUCAGUCUCUUCAACCUUCCUCACAAAGUCACAGAAUUUACCACAGUACGGACAGCUUAAAUGGGUCUGCUUACGGAGAGAAUGUCGUUCAAGCUAUAGAGCAGUAUGCUAAGAAAGUAGUGGAUGACACUUUAGAGCUAAGUUUAGGAUCCGCAGUUUUCCAUGUGUCUGAGUCCACGAAAGCAGCCGAUAGGGUCACUCAUGGGCAAAAGUUGUCACCUCUUAUAAGCCAAGCUUGCAGAUACUGUGGCCGUAAAGAACUGCACGAUUGCACUGGAAAUUCAUCUCUGCACGUUUCCAGACAGGAUUCACUUGCUAGUAGUAAGCCAGUUUCUAAUACAAAACUUAGCAAUGUCUAUCAGGAAUCUAGAAUUUUUCAUCUUGAUGUCCCACAAAUUCAUGUUGGUCUCGAUAAGAAGACGGUGCUUGCUGAGAAGAUAGUUGCUGAAGCUAUUGAAAAAGCAGAGAGAGAGGUGAGCAAUACCAGCUUGGUGGCUGAUAGCGGAAUUGGACAAGAUGGCGUUAGCUUUGCUGAGAGCCUUACCACAGAAAUAAUGAUGUCAGCAAUGAUGAAUGUUGGGCGUGCAGUUAGCAGUCCAAAAGAAGUAGAAGACUUUCAGUCAACUGAGUCUUUCGGCAGCCAGCAGAUGAAUCUCAGUAUUGGUGAUGACAGCACUGGUAGCUGGUCCAAUUUAAGUUUUGAAGAUGAACACCAGGAUGAAAGUAGCAGCUUUCAUCACCUAAGUGAAAGUAAUGGUAACAGCAGUAGCUGGAGCAGUCUUGGUUUAGAAGGAGAUUUGUAUGAGGACAAUUUAUCCUUUCCAACAUCAGACAGUGAUGGGCCAGAUGAUAAAGAUGAAGAUCAUGAGGAUGAUGGAGAAGGUUUGGGGCAAGACAGAAAGAUUCUGCUCAUUACAAAUAUCGACAUGGAGCCAUGCACAGUAGACCCCCAGCUAAGGAUUAUUCUUCAGUGGCUCGUUGCUUCUGAGGCCGAAGUGGCAGAACUUUAUCUUCAUGACUCUGCAAAGAAGGAAUUCAUACAACUCUCCCGACGGUUACAAGGAAAGGGAUGGAAGGUGGGGGACGUCCUGCAGGCUGUGCUGCGGUACUAUGAAGUGCGGGAGAAGCCGGCCACCCCGGAGAGCUGCAAGUCCCUGUUCGACUGGCUCUUGGAAAACGCGUAGUACAAACCUGUGGCCAGUACAUCUUACCGUCUGGGGAGAGGAAGAAACAGAUAAAGAUGCAGAUGGUAAACUUUGAAUAUUAACACUGAUAAAUGAACUGGGAGGGAAGUAAAUUGAGCUUUUCCAGCACAGUCAUCCCACGUUGUAUAUAGUUGAUACUUUUGUAAUCUCUGUCAAAUAUUAUCUUCAUCAUUCUUCUAUACACGUGCGUAGUGUGUUAAGACCCUAAGAACGUUGAUUUGAAGGAAGGUUUGACCAUGAGGUUUUCAGGGACAUUGACUGACAGAUUCUUUUUGCAUCCAAAUAGUGCUGCUACAGACCACACUGAGGUGGCUGAGGAUAGGUUCCAGGGAUAAAGCCUUACAGUUCUGCUCCUUUGCAAACAAACGCUAUUCUGUUGAGAACUAACCUGACAAAAGAGCUUUGAGGUUAGUGGGCUCCCCGCCCCACCCCCCAUAGAAUUUCUGUCUUAUUUUUCAAAGUCAAUUUUAUUUUCAUAGCUCAACUAUCGGUAGCUUCUUGAAUCUCCCAAACUAUUUAACUUCUUAGAAACAUAUUCGUAUUUUAGGUUUCUAUAAAUACCAUAAAUGAUAGUUUCCCCAGCCUUUUGUGAAAUGACAUGAUUUGCUAAUGUUGCCAAUCCAUCUGGUAUGAAAAUGAGUGUGUGUGUGUGUGUGUGUGUGUGUGUGUGUGUGUGUGUGUAAGUAAGGGAGUACUUUAACCUUGCCUAGUGGGUUUGUGCCCUUUUUUAUUUUACUGUUUUCUUGGUUAGAAACCCACUGUUGACAUUUAAAAGGUGCUUUAAAAUAAAAUGUCUAUAAAGAUUGUGCAGUAAGAAUUUUUAUUUCUCUUUUUGACUAUUUUGGGUCCCCACCUUAUCCUAUAAAUGAAAAUAAAGGUGCAAAACAUGCUAAAAUUUUAGAAAUUAAUGUUAAUAUGGAAAUGCAUUUAGAGAAGCCCAGUAAUGAUUUUCAUUUUCCGAUUUUUGAAAAAAAAAAACAAACACAUACACAAAACUCUCUGCUUAGCAAGGAUAAGCUUCUUCUAGAAAAAGAGGGGAUUCCCAGCCCCUCCUCCCUUCCCCCCGAUAAAAUGGUAUCUGCCCUAUUUUGUAAAGUUGUCUGACAUGAGUUUUCUGGCUCUGUGUUUUCUACUACUUUGUCUUUAGAAACUGCAAGUUGACUUGAAUUAGAGGACCAAGAUUGUGUCUUGGUUUUGUAUGAGGGUAUGCACAUGUGAAUUUUUGGUUCUUCCAUUAGCGUAAAUCUAGAGUAAAUCACUUUUCGUUGGGGGCUUUGGUUUUGCUCCAUUACAUUUCCUUUUUUCCUGAGCAUUGACUGUUCUGGAAGCUGCACAAAGUGUAGAAGACACAGCACCCACCGAGGGGCAAGGAAUAAGGCACUUACAUUGAUUUGAAUUAAUCAUUAUGGUAGAGAAAUGUAUUUUAUAAUGAGAGAGUAAAAUUUGCUUUAUAAGAAAAAUGCCAAAAGCUACUUAAAUAUUUUGAGGUUACAGUGUAAACUUUGGUUUUUCUCAAUUUAAAAUAAAUAGAGCAAGCCUUAAAAAUAAUUUUUCCU